AUGGUGGCCAUGUCGACAGUAGGUGCCGUCAGCCUGCUGCUCUUCCCACCGCUGGUCUCCAUCUGGCCACAGGCUGCCAUCCUGCUCCGCUGCCUGCUUGGCCUGGUCCAGGGCCCUCACUACCCGAGCCUGGGCAGCCUGAGCAGUCAGCUGGUGCCGGCGCCGCGUCGUCCGCUGUUCUUCAGCACGGCCUUGCUGGGCUCGCCGCUCGGCACCAUCCUGGUCGGUCUGGUGGGCUCCGUUCUGCUGGAGGGGCUCGGCUGGCGGGCCGUCGUCACGCUCACUGGCCUGCUGUACGCCAGUUCGGCGCUCUGGCUGUACGUGCUGACGCGGGGCCAGGGCGUCCCGGCCAGAGCGGCCGCCGGCGCGUCCGCGGCUGUGCCCUGGCGUGGCCUGCUCUCCAGCGGGCGGGUCUGGGCUUGUAUUCUGGCGCACAUGUCGCACACCACCGCCCGGUUCCUGCUCAUCUCCUGGCUGCCGGCGUGUAUCCUGGCGCACAUGUCGCACACCACCGCCUGGUUCCUGCUCAUCUCCUGGCUGCCGUCGUACUUUCAACGCGUCCACCCGCAGGCGGAGCCUUCCGAGCGCGGCUGGGUGUCCUGA